AUGCCGCUAGCACGCUCUACAGAUCCCUUGGUGUGGAUCGACUGCGAGAUGACUGGCCUUAACCCUGACACCGACAGUAUCCUUCAAAUAUGCUGCUUCAUCACAGACUACCAACUCCGCGUCCUCGAACCCACCGGCUUCGAAGCCGUCAUCCACCACCCCAAAUCCACCCUCGACAACAUGUCCCAAUGGUGCAUCGACACCCACGGCCGCACCGGCCUGACCGCUGCCGUGCUCGCGUCAACAACAACCGCCGACGUGGCCGCUGCCGACCUCCUCGCAUACAUACGGAAAUUCGUCCCCGAGCCGCGAACGGCGGUGCUGGCGGGCAAUAGCGUGCAUGCGGAUAAGGCGUUUCUGGCACGGGGCCCGUAUGCGUCGGUGCUGGAGUGGUUGCAUUAUCGGAUUCUGGACGUGAGUGCGAUCAAGGAGGCUGCUAGGCGGUGGGGAAGCGAGGAGUUGCUGCAGGCUGUGCCUCCUAAGAGGGAAGUGCAUUUGGCCAAGGAUGAUAUACUGGAGAGCAUUGAGGAGAUGAAGUUCUACAGAGAGCGGUUGUUUGGGGUGUGA